AACGCCCCGUCUGCGCUUCUCAGUAGUGUCGCCUGGGCUAGGCUGGAGGAGGCGGUGGCAAGAUGGCGGGGCUGCUAAGCCACCAGCAGAAGGUGCUGCGGCUGUAUAAGAGGUCCAUGCGACACCUGGAGUCGUGGUCUGUCUUCAGAGACCAGUUCCGCUAUGAGGCCUGCCUGCUGCGAGCGCGCUUCGAUGAGCAUAAAAAUGAGAAGGAUUUGGUAAAAGCCACUUUACAGCUGAAAGCAGGUGAAGAAGAGUUCUUCCGGCGCCAACACCCCCAGCCGUACAUCUUCCCAGACUCCCCGGGGGGAACGUCAUACGAGAGAUACGAUUGCUAUAAGGUACCAGAGUGGUGUCUGGAUCACUGGCAUCCCUCCGAGAAGGCCAUGUACCCUGACUACUUUGCUAAGAGAGAAGAAUGGAAGAAGCUUCGUGAAGCGAGCUGGGACCGUGAGGUUCAACAACUUAUGGAGGAGACAUCAGCCGAAGGUCAAAAGAGUGAACCAUUACCCCCAGCACGCAGAGAGGGUGACCAGCCCCCACUGUGGUGGGAUUAUGUGACAAGACCACGUGAAAGACCCACCUAAGAACAAUUAGCUCUAGUCACUGUGUAUGUGAUGUGAACAGUGUAUAUUAAAUGUCUGUAGACAACUC